ACACAGAGCAGGCAUUCAUACUCGGGCAGCGCAACGAGGGGGCUGGGGAUCGAGCGUCACUUUGGAAACUCGGGAACUCACGGAUUCUCGUGCUAAACCGGCGACAUCCUUUUCUCAUUACUGAAUAGAUGACAGCGCCUCCUCCCCAGAUGUGUUGGUGAGGCUGUAGUCGCCCAAUGAUCCAGGCACCGUCCCUGCCCCUCAUCCAACUGAUCCCUUCACCGCUCUGCUGUUGCAGGUCUCUGCUGCUGGAGUCCAAUCGCGGGAUACACGGAGGAGAGAGAGAAGGGGAAGUCAGGAGGGAAGUGAGAGCGGGUGAGUUUGGCGCAGACAUCUGUGCAUUAGCAGGUAAACUGGGGUCCAAGGUGCGCACUGAGCCGCCUAUGAUACCAACCACCCGGAUGGAAAGAACUUUAAUGUGGAAUCCUCACAGAGUUUUGCAACGGAGGCUGAGAGUAGAGACAGACUGGCAGUUUAUAUUAUAACUUAGAGGAGCCAGAGAAGAGACAGGUCAGAUCAGCAGUCACCCGACACUCCGUACUCUGUAGGACAAACAGCAACAGGGACCCGAACAGGCACAGCUGAGCAUUUGUAGGAACAGGCCUUUGCGUCCUCUGCGCACCUGGAGGUUUGUGUGUGUAGGAAGAUGUCCAGAGACGAGCAGAGCUUAUCGGAGGUGGAGCUCAGUCCCGGGAUGUCGGACGACAGCCGCUCCCUGUCCCCGGGUCACUCCUCCGGGGCCACGGGCAGCGGGGACUCGCCUUUCCGGCAGCAGGCGCAGCUGGACGACGCGUCGGCGGGCUGCUCCUCGGUGAGAUCCGACGACGAGGACGACCGCUUCCCCGCAGGAAUCCGCGAGGCGGUGAGUCAGGUUCUCAACUGCUACGACUGGACCCUCGUGCCCAUGCCCGUGCGCGUGAACACCGGCGGCAAGAGCAAGCCGCACGUGAAGAGGCCCAUGAACGCGUUCAUGGUUUGGGCGCAGGCGGCGCGGAGGAAACUGGCCGACCAACACCCGCACCUGCACAACGCGGAGCUCAGCAAGACCCUGGGGAAGCUGUGGAGACUCCUCAAUGAGAGCGACAAGCGACCCUUCAUCGAGGAAGCAGAGAGGCUGAGGAAGCAGCACAAGAAGGACUACCCUGACUACAAAUACCAGCCACGACGCCGCAAGAAUGGAAAACUUGGUUCCGGGUCAGGAAGUGAGGCCGAAGGCCAUUCGGAGGGUGAGGGCCCCCACAGCCAAUCCCACUACAAGGGCCUCCACCUGGAAAUGGCCCACAGUGGGGGAGCCGGGUCCCCUCUGGCUGAUGGGCACCACCCUCAUGCUGCAGGUCAGAGCCACAGUCCCCCCACACCCCCCACCACUCCCAAGACAGAGCCUCAGUCUGGGAAGGCAGGAGACGGAAAGAGGGAGGUUAAUGGGAACGGGGUCUCCCGUGGUACAACAGGACCGGAGGGAAGCUCAGGUGCCCCGGGAUCUGGGAAACCUCACAUUGACUUUGGUAAUGUGGACAUUGGUGAGAUGAGCCACGAGGUCAUGGCCAACAUGGAGCCGUUUGAUGUCAAUGAGUUUGACCAAUAUCUUCCCCCAAACGGGCACCCGGGGGUCGGACAGAGUGCUGGGGGGGCUGCAGCUGCAACAGCUUCUCCAGCCUCGCCGUACACCUACGGCAUCUCCUCAGCUCUGGCAGCGGCCAGUGGACACUCAGCUGCCUGGCUCUCCAAGCAGCAGCCUCCGCAGCAACAUCACGGCUCCACCCUGAGCUCAGACCCAUCCAAGGCCCAGAUUAAGAGUGAGGCUGGAGGAGCCGGGGCUCACUUUGCAGAGGCCGUCACAGCAGGUUCCCAUGUCACAUAUGCGCCUCUCAGCCUUCCUCACUACAGCUCUGCUUUCCCCUCACUGGCCUCUAGGGCUCAGUUUGCUGAAUACGCUGAUCAUCAGGCCUCAGGGUCGUACUACGCCCACUCCAGCCAGGCCUCGGGGUUGUACUCAGCCUUCUCGUACAUGGGGCCCUCCCAGAGGCCCCUGUACACGCCCAUCAGUGACCCAGCCAGUGUGCAGCAGUCGCACAGCCCCACACACUGGGAACAGCCCGUCUACACUACACUGUCGCGGCCAUGACAGAUAACGAUUCCAGAGGGCACUGGUGCAGGUUCAGCCCCCAUGUCGGACCCAAGGAGCUACAGCGGCCACAGCAGCAACAACAACAGCAGAGCCGCUGGUAUCGACGGUCAAGGUGGUCUGGGCUGUGGGGAGUGGGCAGGCACCGGAGGAGGAGGCUGGGGAGGCACGAGGGGAGGAACCCCGUACUGCGCCUUCCCAGACGCAGAAAUGCUGUCGCAGCCCAAGUAUGAGCUUGGCCCGUGGUGCUUUCGAAGCGUGGUUGAAUAUUAGGGGCGGACAGAGUAGUAGUAAGAGGGUGUUGCUUUGACGGAGCAAAGAAAAAAAAAAAAACACUCACCGAGCACUGCAGAGGUUCAGGUUAGAUUCAACAACACAACUACAAGUGUUCAACUACAAGGGGGGGGGGGGGUCAUCGGUUUGUUGACUCACUGUGAAUCGGAGGAGGGACACUGUCGUCCAAACCCCGCAAACUCAACCCGGGGGCCGGCAAGGACAGGGACAAUGGACCACAAUGAAAAGUACGUCCAGAGAUGCAAUAAGGUCAGAAGCUGGACCUGUGUAAUGUAGCGCGGACUGAGAGGGAGUCACAUUCACAGGUUCUACCGACAAGACAAAAAUGGGGGAGCCAAAUCAUUUGGCUGUGGCUCGUUUCACUUCUCAGGCAAGUCGGGCCUUUAUCGAACAGACGCUAGUGUUGUGUUGCUUUUGGAAAUCAACACAAACAAAUACUGAUGCAUUCUGUUGGAUUCUGAGGCACAUGGCUCCUGGUUGAAUUCAAACUGUUGUGCUGUGUUCACUUCAAAUGACUUUUGUACACGCAACACACAUACAUGGAAGAAAAACCAUGUUAACGUUUGUUAAGUGAAAUGUGUAUUGAGUCAGAAAAACGAGGACUAUUAUCAGGAUGGUCUAUAAAAUGUACUUGAAAUAACUAAUGUACGUAUACUGAUGCAUGCAGAUAUGAAAUAUUUGUGAAAAAAACCAAAGUUUUGAAACCAAAACUUUAGAAAUAGAAGAAACUGAAAGGUUUCUCCCGACAAGACACUGAACACUACCUUUACGUUACCUAGCUUCUUUCUUAGCCGCCAACACUUUUCCAAUGUGACGUAUAUAAAAAUUCUUGGUGUCAAAAAUUCCUGUUGCUUUUUUUUUUUUUUUCCCCACAAAAGCACUGAUGAGCGAAAAUUCAUAUUUGAUGUAUUAGUGUAGAAAAUUAACGGUCAAGAAAAUUCUAUUUAUACUUUCACUGAUUGCAAUUUGUCAGAAUAUAUGAUAGAAGCUUUGUUUUUGACUGUGACGAUGCCGUCAAACGCUUUUUGCCAUAAUUAUCUCCACUGAAAACCUGCACCGCUGCCUUCUCUCAGCCACAGAUCAACUUUUUUGAGAUGUCACAUCUUUUGAUUACAGUUUUGUAACUUUUUAAAAAGAGCUAUUUUCAUACAGUAUCAGUGUCGGUGAUGCCAAUACUGAGAAGCAGUUGCCAGAGAUUGAGCGAAUAAAAGCCAGCAGGAGUUUAAACGUUUUAACACGUCCUAAUAUUAAACAUGAACUGUGCCUUGUCCUUAAUAAUACUUGUGACUAACACGGAACAGUGAAGAGAAAAGCUGUAUUUAUCUGUAUUUGUUAAAUCCUGUUUCUGUCUUUUUACAUUUUUUUGUAAACCAUUAGUUAACCAGUUUUUUUUCCCCAUACCGUCUUUUUAUAAUCUCUCUUUAGUCUCGAUGGUGUUUCCACGUAUAAUGUCUGUCCCUCAUCUCCUACAUGUGUUUAAAAUCAUUUAUUUGUUUUUCUGUAUAUCACAGAUAUAUAUUCAUUAAUGGACACAGAUGUAAAGAAUAUGCAUGCAGCACUGCUUGUUUUAAAUCACGGUCCACUGGUGCUAUAAGCCCGUUUUUAUUUAACCAUUUACCUCCAGUAGCCAUUUUCAUCUGUAUUUUUGUAAUGUUGCUAUGAAUUUCCUAUUUAUAUUUGUUUUGUUGCUUUUUGUGUGUGUGGGUUAAAUGUUUCUCUCCAUUUUGAAGAAAACAUUUGACUGUUUCUGCCAUUUUUUGUAUUUAAUCUUUUCAUCCUUGUAUAACUGUCGCCAGCACUGUCGCCACAACUUCUAAAUAACAGCAGGACCGCAAGCCUUCAUCAUGUGAUGAUGACUAAUGAUCUUUUACCCUCACUUGAA